AUGGCUCGUGCGCUAACAUUGCAGGGCUACUCACCAGCAUGGAAAGGCCUACCUCCGGCACCAGAAAUCAGUCAAUCUGCGAAUUCUCAGCGGUCCUUUCAGUUUUUGCAAGUCCAGCUCGACACAUGCUCUCGGGAGCAUGGAGAAUGCAACCAGGACUCACCCCACCUCCCCACGCGGGUCUUGGACCUUGGUAACUCGGCGACUGUACCGCACGUCAAGAUCUUUGAGCCGCCGUCUGGGACACCGGGAAAAUCUAUCGCCUUGAGCUACUGUUGGGGAGACGGGGAUGGACUGACGGCCAUCAGAUCAAACUUGUCCAAGCUACUCCGAGCUAUAGAUGAGGAUGACCUACCGGCCACGAUCCGAGACGCCAUAGGGCUAGCCAGAUACCUCCGAGUGCAAUACCUUUGGGUCGAUGCACUAUGUAUCAUUCAGGACGAUACGCAAGAUUGGGCACAUGAGUCGGCUCAGAUGUCAACUGUCUACGCGCAGGCCUUCCUCGCCAUCUCAGCCUCCUCUGUGGACUCUUCAAGGUUGUCCUUCCUACGCCAUAACCGCCCAAACAGCGACGAUUUAUUUCGACUACAGGAAAAAGCUGCUAGCGACCAGCACCACGACACCGCCUCCCACGAUUUAGUAAAUACGCUGGCUGUGCGGAGGACUCCGUCCUCAGGAUUCCACCAAAAUCCUGAAAAAGAGAUACUAGACCCUAGCAUGUGCCGCGCCUGGACGCUCCAGGAAUACAUGUUGUCGACCCGGGUUGUCUCCUUCUCGACUGACGAGGUGCAGUGGACAUGCCGCACACUUCGCGCCUGCGAGUGUGGUAACCCUGAGAAACUCGACCCCCCGCAUACGCACGAGCUACAACGAAGCCUGGAAGCGAAAAGCCACGGGGAGGUGGGGGCAGACACGGAUGAAGGGCGCCUUGACAGGAUGUCAACCUGCCUUGACUUCUGGGUCAGGGUCGUCGAGGGAUAUAGCCGCCGCAACCUCAGCUACAUGCGAGACAAGCUACCGGCACUUUCAGGUAUUGCAUGUGAAUUUGUCCAGAUCCUGAACAAAGAAGGGCUUACGGCAAGGGGAGGCAUGCCGCCGUCACGCUACCUUGCGGGCUUGUGGGACACCAGAAUGCACAGGCAGUUGUGCUGGCAACUCUCCAAGUACUAUGACAAGGGUUUUGUUCAGGAAUACCGCGCGCCGACUUGGUCAUGGGCUUCGGUCGAAGGCGAAGUGGCUAUGAAUCACUCGAACGUUAAUGAUUUCAUCCCACAAGCCGAGAUUCUUGAAUCCGUGUGCGCGCUGGCAAAUCCGGACAACCCGUUCGGCCAAGUCGUGCGCAAAGGCACAUAUCUUCGGGUUCGCGCGACGGUGCUGAGAGAGGAUGUGUGCAUGUUUAGCCAGUCCCCCAGGGCAGGAAUGUAUCAGAGCGGCCAUGGCCAGAUUGUCAUUGACUGCGACGUCGAGGGUAUUCCCCCCAACACUCCGAUCUGGGGCCAGCACGGCACAGGCCGAUCGUUACAAAGGCGGCGUGGACCAACUGCCACCGCCAGAGACAAUAUGGGGCAGAGCGCUCCUGGAGGAUUGAGUCCCGGGUCAAACAUUGGGUCGGGUUCCGAAUCAGAGCCGGAGGGGCGGUGCGGGCCGUGGAUGGAUGAGUGGGAAGAAUCUAACUCGGGCGGGGACUUCACCGUCUGGCUGCUUCACAUGGCAGACUCAAAAAGGGACGGAGAGAUGAAGCCGGAAUUACUGGUGCUCUGUAGGUCUGCAGGGUAUGAGGAAGUGUCUGAACGAAUUGGGUACCUGGAAGCUGUUGACGGCGCUUCAUGGGCAGAGGAUGUUUCAGGACAGGAAAAGUCUAUCGUUACCAUAACAUGA